AUGAUUGGUCCUAAUUUCUUCUUAGCAAAAUCAACCCAAUCUGGCCCGUUUACCACCAACUUGAAAUCUGGAACAGUUGAAAAAAGUGCAGAAAUUGAGAAUAUGGCUAUGAAAGUAAUUAGAUUCUACCCAGUAUGGUUUCUGGGAAUGGUAGUAAUGUUGGGAACUGGUGCAAGGAAUGCAAGUGCAAUUAGCUGUUUGGAUGCCAUUAUAGAGCUGAUGCCUUGCCAAGAUUAUCGGUUAGGGAGCAGCAGCGGGGUGACGGUUCUUUGCUGCGAGGGGGCUCAGGAAUUGAACCAGAUCGCCUCUUAUUCGCCGGAGCGCAGAAAUUUGUGCGAGCGUUUUAAGACGACGGCAGCAGCCAUGGGGGUUAAUGCUGAUUGGGCUAAGCUACUUCCCAUGCAGGGGCGGAUCCAAGAAAUUGAGUAA